CACCCUGAAUUUCUUUCAAAUGACUUUUACAUGGGAGGUGAUUCAUAUUCUGGCAUACCUGGCCCUGCCAUUGUUCAAGAAAUUUCAAANGGAAAUGAAAUUGGUCUUCAACCACUAAUAAAUCUCCAGGGAUAUCUGCUAGGGAACCCAAUAACAACAANAAAAGAAAAAAAUGACCAAAUCCCAUUUGCUCAUGGAAUGGGACUUAUUUCUGAUGAACUNUAUGAGUCACUGAAGAGAAAUUGUAAAGGAGAAUAUAUAAAUGUAGAUUUUAGAAACGAAUUGUGUUUAAGAGAUCUCAACUNCUAUGAUGAGUGCCUUUCAGGAAUCAAUACAUUCAACAUCUUGGAUCGCUAUUGCAAAGAUGAUUCUACUAAGAAACAUGAAGGUCCAUGGAUUAGAUCUCUAACUCAAAAGUUUGAGUCCUCUCUUAAUUCUCCUCUCCCAAGAUGCAAAACAUAUAAUUUUUUCCUUGCCACUCAAUGGGCCAAUGAUCAGAGUGUUCGGAAAUCGCUGCACAUUCGAGAGGGAACAAAGGGUAAAUGGGAACGUUGUUGGACUAGUGAUUUUGAGGUAGAGAUCUCUAGUAGCUUCGCCUUUCAUGUAAAUCUCAGUGCGAAAGGAUAUCGUUCUUUAAUAUAUAGUGGGGAUCAUGAUGCAGUUGUUCCUUUCAUGUCGACUCAAGCAUGGAUCAGAGCUCUGAACUACUCCAUUGUAGAAGAUUGGAGGCCAUGGCUUCUAGAAAACCAAGUUGCCGGAUACACAAGAAGAUACUCUAAUCAAAUGACGUUUGCAACUGCAAAGGGUUCAGGACACACAGUUCCUGGGGACAACCCUGAUGAAGGUUAUGCCAUGUUCAGCAGGUGGAUAGCUGGAUUUGUUGAGUUUGGAGGAGAUGCUCAAUCAAUAUAUAUUAGUGAAGAGGCAAAAUAAACGGUUGGAGGAAGAAAACGUGAUGGUGAUGCUAGAGAAAAAUAGAAUCCAAAAAUUGUUGCAAGACAUUCAGAAUGCUUUGGAUAGUUUCAAUGCAAGAUCACCCAUGUCCAAUGUCACAGCCAUGAUCACAAAUUCUCUAAUUGUUCCUCCAAUGGAAAAUUCUAUCAAACACACAAGACAGAUAGAAACAAAAAGAGUAUCAAGGACACGGACAAGACAAGUACGACAGCGUUCGACGCUAAUUCUUUCCUUUCCAUAUACCUGAAAACUUGAACAACUUAUUUUCAAACGAGAUUCCUACUUCUGAAUUUGACAAGAAAAUAGACGAUUGUGCACACAUUGAUUUUUUAAGCAUAAGAUUGGAAGAGGAGUUAAGCAUAGAGUUUUUAAACUCCUUAAAAGACUAAUAGUUCAUCAAAAUGUCAAGAAUUAGUGUUUAGAGGCAGGUUUUGUUAUUUGAUCUGAACCUGCAAUUGUUCUCAAUUUUCCUAUAGGAACAUAAUUAAGCUACUGAAGAU